AUGGAUGGUAACAGUCACACAUUAUUUAUUGGUGCUUCAAUAUUAAAUAUUUCAAAUAAGAAUACAAAUGAUGAUUUAAAUACAAUGUUAUCUGUAUUAUCAACAACAGAUGAUACUGAAGCAGAUACAUUAAAUGAUGAAACAUUUGGUGAUUGUAAUUUAGAUACAAUUAAAAUAAAAUCUGAUUUUGAUGACAAUGGAGAAUUUCUUGGUGAUUAUUCAUCAGAAAGAUUACCAGAUUUUUUCGAUUCAUAUAUACCUGAUAAAGGAGGUGGAAUUUUACUUAUUGAUAAUAAUGAUCAAUCUCAACAACCAUCAAUUGAUGCUCUACUUGGUGAAGAUCCAAUGUGUAUAUCAGCAACAUCAAUUAAUCUUCGACAAUCAACAAUGAAUCCAUUAUUUAAUAUGGCUAUAUCACAAGCAAAUAAUACUAAUCAUGAAAAUAUUUUUUCUCAACAACAAACAUCACGUAUACCACCGAUAACAUUACCACCACCACAACAACAACAACAAAUUAAUUAUCAACUAUUAAAACAAUUCGAACAAAUGUUAAUUAAUCAACAAAUACCAUCACAAGAACGAAUACUUUAUUUACAAGCUAUGAUUGAAAAAAUGCAACGUGAUACAUUAAAUACUCAACAACAAAUAGCACGAACAACAAAUAUGAAUAUCAAUGGUCAUGAUCGAUCUAAUCAAAUAAAUUCAAAUCGAAUUCUUAAUAAUAAUUUAUUAUAUGAUCAACGUCAACAGCAACAACAACGUGAAGAAACACGUUCAAUGUCUAUUGGUGAAAUGAUGGAACGAGCUCGUUUAACAACAAUGAAUAUAAACAAUUCACGUUCACAAUCACCAACGAUUGUUAAUAGUGGUAUGUCAUCUCAAUUUAUGGAUGCUAUUCAACGAUCUGAUCAAAUUCCUAUUGUUGAUAAUCAUCAACAACAACAACAUCGAACAAAUAAUCAAUCAUCAUCAUCACCACUUGAUACAAUUGUUAGUCCAUCAUCACAUCAUCAUAAUCAAUCACGACAAAAUCGACCAGCAAAACAUUAUCCACGACCACCACUUCUUAAUACAUGGCAAGGACGUGGCUCUGGUCAUGAUGAAUUUGCUGGUAUGAUGACUGAUCGGGAAAAACAAUGGGUUGUUAAAAUUCAACUUCAUCAAGUAUCACAAACGCAAGAAGAAGAUUAUUAUUUUCAUAAAUGGUCACAACAAAAGCGUCAUAUACAACAAGUACAUGGUAAUCAAAUAAAUCGUCAUACUCAUCGUGGACAAAAAAUUAGUUAUCCAGUACUUCAAUUAUUAAAAUCAAUUCAACAAGAAAAUGAACUUGCUCAACGUUUAUCUCAAACAUCUACACAAGCUACAUUUUGUAACGUAAAUCCUACACAACUACUACCAUAUGCAUCACCAAUAUCAACACAACUUGGUAAACAAUCAAUGGCAACUGCUCGACAUCCAAGAUGUAUUCUUCAUCUUGAUGGUCAAUUUUCUUUGGGUACACGAGCAAAUGCCAUUACACAUGAUAAAUAUACUUUAGGUCUUUUAUUAAAUAUUGAAAAUUUAUAUCGUGAUAUUUUACGAUUGGAUAAUGAUGAUGUUAAAUUAUCAAUAUCAAAUCAAACAAAAAUUGAAACGAAUAAUACAGAAUCAGAAUCAACUAAUAUAACUUCUCAAUCAUCAACAACUGCUAUUGAAUCAAAACAACUACUGAGUUCAAUUAUUGAUCGUUAUUUAAAUGAUCAAAAUUAUUUAUUUGCUGAUAUGUUUGGCCAAUUUAAUAAAGGUCAAAUUAUACUGGAACGUUUAUAUCCAUAUUUAAAAACAACAAAUUAUCUUGAAUUCUUAUUUAUUCGUCUUUGCAGUUCAUUAAGUUAUAUGAUUCGUCGAUGGUCAACGGCAUUUCAUAUUGUACCUAGUGUUAUGAACACAAUUAAUCUUAUGCAACAACAAAUUAAUAUUAACAAAACCAGAUUUGAACAAUUAUUAGCUCAAGUUUAUAUUUAUUAUAAUGAACAAAUUAAAGCAAAGUUUGGCAAAUUUCAUUCUGCUGCAUCGACGAGUCCAUUUUCGGAUCCAAUAUUGUUUACAAAUUCGUAUACUGUAACUAUUUUAAUUGAACUUUUAUUUAUUUUGGAACGUCAAUGUUAUUUAUUAUCGAGUAAUAAUUCAUCAACAUCAACAUUACAAGUUAUGGAACAAUUACAACCUCAAUUACAAUAUCAAUUAACUGAACAUAUUCGUUUAUUUGUUACUGAUCUUUGUCAAGGACUUAUUGCUUGUUCAUCACCAGUAUAUACAUUGAAAAAAAUUCUUAAACCAUUUGCACAAAUAAAAAAUCAACAAUUUGGUUUUCUAUGCAAAUUUCUUCGUAUACAAAUAUCUCAAAAUGUUUAUGCAGCAUUGGAACCAAAACUUAUCUAUUGUUGCAUCAAAGAUACAUGA